GGCGAGGCAUGAGCGCGGAAAUGCAGUCCUUAUGCGCAGUCGGCGACGGACAGGCUUCCGAGCAACACCGCUUCCGCAUUCGGCCUUGACUUCGGGGGGGAAAAACACGACGAUGCGGGUGCUGGUCAGCUCUGUAGUGGCACUCGCCCUGAUUGCUCUUGUGCCACGGAGCCAGGGUCAGGGAGUGCAGGACCUCAUCCCUUCGCUAGUCCAGAGGAUCGUUGGGUUGUGGCACUCGGAUGAGGUGGAGUUCAUGGGUCACAGCUGCAGGUACAGCCAGCGGCCCUCCUUCUAUAGGUGGGAGCUUUACUUCAAUGGCAGGAUGUGGUGUCCUGGAUGGGCUCCCUUCACUGGCAGAUCUCGCACCCGCAGCCCUUCCGGCGCCGUCGAGCACGCGACGAGGGACUUCGUGCAGAAGGCGCUGCAGAGUAAUCUCAUCACGGAGGACGACGCUAGAAUUUGGCUCGAGCACUAAGGCCUUUGUCUCAAGGUCAUUCCCAUUUCCUUUUGACACGAUGAAGGUCGAAGCGAUAUUUGUAAAUCGUGAAUAAGAAGAAUGAUGUCAGUACUUU